GUUCCCGGGAGCGUGCGUCAUGUAUCAUGCGUCUCCUCCGCUCAGCUGUAGACAUGGCGAGAGAGUGGUAGAUACACUGAACACAUCGUCCGUGGAACAGCCAUCAUUUAAGUGGACCAGGUGGUUUGGUGUAGUGUUUUUUUCUUUUCUUUUCGUGUUAGUCCUAUGGAAACGGAUUUUAUCGAGAAUAUGCCGUGCCAUAACCAGCAGCUGAAUAACAGUGAGAGCCCCGAACACGCUGCGAAGCACGUCCGCUUCGCCCGCAGCAGCGCUGCUGCCGAGCCCUGUCAAGAUGACACGAAACCGUGUGAAAACCAAACCAUGAGCGACAUCCAGCGACAAAUAGGACCUCAGCUGAAACUCUUGCCAUUAAAUGACCAAAUACGAGAACUUCAGACAAUCAUUCGAGAUAAAACUACCAGUAGAGGUGAUUUUGUGUUCUGUGCGGACAGAUUGAUAAGAUUAGUGGUGGAGGAGGGUCUCAAUCAGCUUCCCUACAGUGAAUGCACUGUAACCACACCAACAGGACAUAAAUAUGAGGGUGUGAAGUUUGAAAAGGGAAACUGUGGGGUUAGCAUCAUGAGGAGUGGUGAGGCCAUGGAGCAAGGCCUAAGAGAUUGCUGCAGGUCAAUACGUAUUGGGAAGAUUCUGAUCCAGAGUGAUGAGGAGACACAAAAGGCCAAAGUUUACUAUGCAAAGUUCCCUCCUGACAUCAGCAGAAGGAAGGUUCUGCUCAUGUACCCUAUACUUAGUACAGGCAACACUGUAAUAGAAGCGGUGCGGGUGCUGAAUGAACACGGCCUGCUGGCCAAACAUAUCAUACUACUGAGUCUAUUCUCCACUCCACACGGUGCACAAUCUAUUGUUCAGGAGUUUCCUAACAUCACUAUACUGACAACUGAAGUUCACGCCGUUGCUCCGACACACUUCGGCCAGAGGUAUUUCGGCACAGACUGACAACCCAGCAACUGCACACACGUUCACUUGGAUUCAGCUGAAGUGGCUUGCAUGUUUUGUUUUCUUUUCUUUUUCAUUCAUCUGGUAAAGCCAACAGAAAGUGUCUCUGUGUAUGUGUGAUUGGUUUAUCAGGGCUGGCCUCUGUAUUUUUAUUGGUGGUUAUGGAUUUACCCAUGCUUAAUGUGAGCAAGUGUAUUAUAAUCUUUCAAAUACAUGUGCUUAUCCAUGAUGCCACAAGGAUUAAAACAGACUGUGUUCUAGACUGUUCCUAAACAUUCUAGAGUGAAGCA